GAGGCGCGCUUGACGGCUCUGCCGUAAAGCAGCGCGGAGGGGGAGAACGUUGCUGCCGCCCUUGGGAGGAGAGCGGGCAUGAGCUGGAACGGCGCGAACAAGGCCCUGGAGCUGCUGCGGUCGCUCCCCAGGGUCAGUCUGGGCAACCUGAGGCCCAGCCCAGGAUCCAAAAAGCGGGAAAGAAGACGUGGCCGUGGAAGAUAUGGAGGGAGGAAGUGUGGUCGAGGUCACAAAGGAGAAAGACAAAGAGGAAAUCGCCCCCGAUUAGGCUUUGAGGGUGGUCAAACUCCAUUUUACUUGGUCAUACCAAAAUAUGGGUUUAAUGAGGGACAUAGCCUCAGGCGUCAAUACCAACCACUCAGUCUUCAGAGACUGCAGUACCUGAUUGAUUUGGGUAGAGUUGACCCUACGCAGCCAAUUGACUUAACACAGCUCACUAAUGCCAGAGGUGUAACCGUGCAACCUCUCAAAAGGGAUUAUGGUGUCCAGCUGGUGGAGGAGGGUGCUGAUAUUUUUUCAGCAAAAGUAAAUAUUGAAGUUCAGAGAGCAUCUGAAUUAGCAAUUGCGGCUGUAGAAAAAAAUGGAGGUGUUGUAACAACAUCAUUCUAUGAUCCAAGGAGUUUGGAAAUCUUAUGUAAGCCAGUAACGUUUUUUCUGCGUGGCCGGCCUAUUCCAAAGCGAAUGCUUCCACCUGAAGAUCUAGUCCAUUACUACAAAGAUGCCAGUAAUCGUGGGUACCUGGCAGACCCAUCUAAGGUGGCAGAAGCCAGGCUUGAACUUGCCAAGAAAUACGGCUAUGUCUUACCAGACAUAACUAAGGAUGAACUCUUCAAAAUGUUAAGCAUGCGCAAGGAUCCUAGACAGAUCUUUUUUGGUCUUGCUCCAGGAUGGAUUGUAAGCUUGUCAGACAAGAAAAUUCUAAAACCAACUGAUGAAAGGCUGUUAAAAUACUACAGCUCAUGAAUUCAGGAGUGCAGACAACUGCAGGUGUACAGGAAACAUCUGGGUAUGAAAUAAUGGAUAGAAGCAGUGUUUGGUUGGGUUUUUUUUAAAGAUUCCCUGUUAUACUAGACAAAACAAAUUUUUGUUUGUGUAAUCUUCUGGUGUAGCUCUCAACUUUUUUAUUGUCAUAAUACAGCAUAUGAAAAACCUUAACGUUUGAAGACAGUAUAGAGUCUGACAUAAAGUGUAGGUUUGCACUCUUUCUCUUGCAAUGACUUGCCAGUUAUUUUUUUCAGACAAAGUGUUUCCAUGUUGCAUUUCUUGUAGAGGACAAUGCCAAAGAGCAACUUGACCUAAUGAUUAGUUUACCCUCUUCGUUUAAAUCAGAAACUUGUCUGUACAAAACUAGAAUUAGUUUUCCAAUUGUAUUGUGUAACAUUAUAAGUUAUGUUUUGGAAAAAUGCUAUCUUGACUACCUCUAAGAGGCAGACCAUCUAUUUUUGGAUGGGGACAAUUAAAACCAUUCAGAAAUAACAGAGUACAGAAGAAUUUAUUAAUUUCUUCAAUUCCAUAGCAAUGUUUUGGAUUUUGCCGCUUGCAUUGGUAGCUCUAGAGCUUGAGAGGUUCUAAUUUUUGCCUUAUACUUUCAGAUGGAAUUAAGAAAGACAGGCUGUACCAUUUAAAAGAACUUUCUGUCUAAAUUUGGAGAAAAAAACAUCCCUCAAAUUCUGUUUGAAUAAUAAAAGCCAUUGAUUUAAAACUUGUCCAGACAUAAAGGUAAUGUCAUUGAUAAAAAUACAUAGCAGGACCCAGAGUCAAUGUAUGUUGGACAGUGACAGUAGAUUAUAAAGGAUAAGGAUGUGAUGGACGAGGUUAGGAUUCAGUUUUCAACUUGAUUACAGAUUGCAUGCAUGACAGCAGAAAAACGAAAUUAGAAGUUGUGAAAGGUUAUAAACAUUAUUUUUAUGGGAAACGGUAUUUUGAUCACAACAACUUGAUUCAAUCAAUUCUAUAUUGAAUUCAAUAUUCUCCAGAAAAUGUUUGUUUCACCAGUCUCUCCAGAAUACUCUACUAUUACUGUGCAAUAGUAUUCUAGGAUUGGGCACUUUGGAUGAUGAGCCGAGCAGUACAUUGUAAUAUCAGAGAGGAACUAAGUUAAGCUAUUGGAAUUUGCUCUGACUCCUUGGAAGUUAAUCAGAUGCUUUACAAUUACAUGAAAUUUAGUGGAAGCUGAAUUUGGUUUUACAGUAGGGAUAAUUUGGUUAUUAGGUUGCAGGAAACACUCCAGAAGACCAAAACACAAGAAGUCUGUCUUUCCAAUUUCAUGUGCCUUUGGAAAUACUACGUAGUUUCCUGUAGCUGCCAAACUAUCCCAACUCUUAGGGAAAGCCCUUUGAGUGCCAGAAUCUCCUGUUUUUCCUGUGUAACACCUGUAUUUUACUGGGUGUGCCUUGGGAGGAGGAAGGAUGGGGGGAGAAAAAAAAUAAAAUAUUUUCUUAUUCUUUCAGAAAAUAAGAAACGGUGGAGGAAUUUUUUUGUUGGUGUUUGUCAGCCAGCCCAGAUUUUUGCUUCGGUCAACAAACUGCCUUGUCAAUUAAUAUGAAAGUCUGUAAUCACAAAACAAAGUAAAACAAGUCUUCUAGUUUCAUGCUGAUUAAAUAAAAACUCUAAAAUCCAGAGAUAAACAAUGGAAAGUCACUAUUUGUUGACAGUUCACGUUUACUCUUCAGCAUCUAUUGUUCGUUGCUAAUGUGUGUUAGAUCUUAUCAAUAAUGGUCGUUCUCCUGACUUGUUUAAGUAUAGGUGAAAAGUGGCAAAACAACACCAGUAUAAAAUGGGGUUGUGAAUAGCAGGAAUUUGGUCUUAGUGGUGUUAACACUUGUGUCUCAUAAGGUGCACAACACUUUUUUGGCACAUUAAGAAUAAUACCGUGUGCCAAAAAAAGUAUAGCUAGUGUUAAAUUGAAUGUGAAGUAAAUAACUUUCUCACUUUGGAUGUAUCCUGUUCUGCAUCCUGAUGAUUGUUGGUUUGGAACAUUAAAUGACAAGCAAUACUUUUUUCCUUUUUUUUUUUCC